GCGUCACAACACCACGUGACGUGAGCCAGGCAGUGCGGCUUGUCAGUUUAGGGCAAAAUCAAUCGGUAUUGAACGUCCACAUAUUUAAGGGCAGUGGGAACACAGAAGGGCUUAUAAAGCGUGCGGAGUAACUUAAUUCAAACACAACGUCGUUUCAUCUUUAUCUUGAUCUAGGACGAGCCUCUGCGUGGCGACCCUUUGAUCACGCGCUUAAAAUGCCGAGUGGAAAUCCUCUGUAGUCUCGCCGUGUCUCUUUCGCUACGGAAUGUCUCGCACGUGUCUCUGUGUCCUGUGCGGUUUACCGGCAGCGGGAAAAUCCCGCCUCGCGGACGUGCUGCGGGGUCGCGCGCGGAGCCGCGGGUGGGAGACGCUGCUGGUGACGUAUGACGAGUUGAUACCGGCGCGCGACUGGCGUGAGGACGAGUGGAAGCAGCAGAGGAAGACGGUUCUGACCUGUCUGGAGAGAUUCCUGCAUCAGACACACACACGCACUGAUCUCACACACACACACACUGAUCUCACACACACACACACUGAUCUCACACACACACGCACUGAUCUCACACACACACGCACUGAUCUCACACACACACGCACUGAUCUCACACACACACGCACUGAUCUCACACACACACGCACUGAUCUCACACACACACGCACUGAUCUCACACACACACGCACUGAUCUCACACACACACACACUGAUCUCACACACACACACACUGAUAAUGACAUGUGGAUGCAGCUGCAGCGGAGCCGCUGUCACACAAACACACAGCCUCUCCUCGUGCUGCUGGACGAUAACUUCUAUUAUCAGAGCAUGAGAUACCAGAUCUACCAGCUCGCCAGAAAGUACUCCAUGGGCUUCUGUCAGGUGUUGGUACGGUGUCCGCUUGACAUUUGUCUCCAGAGGAACCAGCGCAGAUCUCUGCGUGUUCCUGAUGAAGUGAUGCUGCAGAUGUCUGAACGAAUGGAACCUCCGAACGAGAGCAGAAACUCUUGGGAGCAGCAGAGCCUGACGGUGGACAGCACAGACAGCGUCACAGAGGAAGACGUGCAGAAGCUGAUGGAUUUGUUGCAAUCUGCCAUGGAAAACCCUUUGAGGCCCUUCCAGGACGACUGCCAGCAGAAGGAGGCAGACAGACAGAUUUGUGCAACUAACGUUCUCCACCGAGCUGAUCAGAUGUGCAGGCGACUCAUUUCUCAGGCUAUGACAUCAGCUCGUGAAGAUCAGGCAUCUUCAGAUGUUUUAAAGGAUCUUGCUAAGGAGCUGAAUGAGUUGAAGACCCACUUUCUGCAAGAGCUGAAGAAGGAAAUGUUUCAUCAAAUGUCUCUGUGCCCGGAGGAGCCAAUGAACACAGAGAAACUUCUGAUGACAGCAGCGAGAACGUUUGAGCGAGAUGCACAACAUUGUGUACUAAAACAGAGAUUUUCAUGAAUGUUUUUUUUGUGAGUCACAGAACCGUUUGUUUCAGUCACCUACAGCAGCGGACAUCACCAACUGUUUACAUGAUGUAUUGUCACAUGUACACUAUUAUUGACAGGCUGGUCAAAUGUCCUUUGUUUUAUUUGAAUGAGUUUUGAAUUAUUAACCAUUCAGCUAUUCAAGUAAAGAAGUUAGACAAUAAAUAAAAACAUUUUAGUAAUGUGUUCUUCUCCACUAAGCUCCUGUCGCCAAGUCAAAUUCCUUGUGUGUGUAAACAUACUUGGCAAUAAAGCUCCUUGUGAUUCUGAUA